GCGCCGAGCGGGGUCCACGGUGACCGGGCGAUGCCCGCGGGGACGCCGCCGGCCAGCAGAGCGAGGUGCUGCCGGCCGCCACCAUGAUCGAGGGCGCACAGGCAGCCGACGAGGUCCGGGUGCCCCUGGGCGCGCCGCACCCUGGUCCGGCGGCGGCGGCGGCGGCGGCGGCGGCGGGGGCGUCCCCGGCGAGCCCCGGGGCGCCGGGACGCGAGGCGGAGCGGGGGUCCGAGCCCGGCGCGUCGCCCCCCGAGAGUCCGGCGGCCGAGCGCGGCGCGGAGCUGGGCGCCGACGAGGAGCAGCGCGUCCCGUACCCGGCCCUGGCGGCCACGGUCUUCUUCUGCCUCGGGCAGACCACGCGGCCGCGCAGCUGGUGCCUCCGACUGGUCUGCAACCCAUAUCCUUCCCGGCCGGCGGGGGGCAGGGGGCGGGCACGGGGUCCGGGGCGAAAGACUCCCUCGGCGUGCGCCCCCGCGCGCACGCCCUUGUUCGUGGGACCUGGGUGGUUUGGCUCCGUGAAGUUCUGGGGCAUGAAGGACGCCCGUGCGAGGCGGGAACAGCGGCGCUACCUGCGGGGUGAGGAGGGGCCGUGA